AAGUCGACAGAAAACAGAACGCGUUUGUCAGUGGAGGUUGGUAGACUGACGUUAAAGGCAAAUAAUUUUUCGUGUAUAUUUUAAGACGACAGUGGUGUUUAAAUCACAAAACAUUGUGCAUCAAUGACUUUUUUUUGUCAAUCAAUUCAUAUAAUUCGUGUAAAUUAAAAAAAGUUCGACAAACAAAAAAAAAAGUAGACACACUUUAUUUUUCUUUUUAUUUUUUUUUGUUUUCUUGUUUCAUAUUCGCGUGUGCCCACCAGUUGCAUGUUGCAUAACCUGAGAUUUAUUUUAGAAGAAAAAAAAAAAAUUGUCACUAAAAUUUGAUUCAUAUUUAUUGUUUUGUGAAUCAAAGUGAAAAAAUUAUUAUUAAUUUAUAAAUAAAAACUUGGUGCUCUCUUGGGUUUUCUUGCUUGGCUGUCCUUCACCGAAGCAGUCAACUCCAAAAGUCAACUGAAGCAUUAUGGCGGCUGGAACGUGUGAUUCUUUUUGAUGAUUUGUGAAAGAACAACUUAAAAAUGGUUCUCGUGGUAAAUGGGGUUCUACAAGAAGAACCCCCGGCGGACAGCAGGUCAUUAUAUGCGGCCCACCCAGUAUAUCGUGAGACCGCUGCUCAACUCCACUCGAUGCCGGCAAAAUUAGUGGGCCCCGUGGGCCUUCUUUACGUCAAGCAGAGAGAAAUGGCUGCAACCCUUCCCCACGACAAAAAUGUAAGCAUCCUAGGAUCGGAUGACAUGACAACAUGCAUAAUCGUCGUCGUCAGGCAUUCUGGCUCUGGUGCUGCAGCUCUCGCUCAUUUAGAUGGGGCUGGAACGGAAGAUGCCGCAGCGACAAUGAUUCAGAGGGUAACAGAAUUAGCACUUGGAUAUCCAGAGGGACGUCUGGAACUUCAACUUGUAGGUGGUUACUCAGACCCUAGGAAUUACUCGGAAGGACUUUUUUGUAAUAUUAUGUCUGCUUUUCAUAAGCAACCUGUUGAAAUUGACCUCACGCUCUGCUGCGUGGGCGAACUCAACACAACUGUCAGAGGUGGUAUCCAUUGGCCAGUAAUUUACGGAAUUGGCUUAAAUGUAAAAACUGGAGAAAUAUUCCCAGCAACGUUUCCUGACAAAGGACCAGAUCAGGCUCUCAGAAGUGCUAGACAAUUAACUGGAGGACAACAGGUUUUAGAUGUCUAUGACUGUACUCUUGGUCUCCUUAGAAUUGGACCUUUUAAUUAUGAUCCUCUUCGAGGUGUUGAUCUUUGGCUGGCACAAACGGAUCAGUUUAUUUUACAACAUUUAUCAACGUCACCAGAUGUAGAACUACCACAUUUUGUCUCACAGAUUCGAGCAACGCUCAAGUACAUCCAGGACAAUCAAUUUCCGGCAGUAACAGUCUUUAGAGACAACAGACCUCAUUAUUAUCGACGAGAUGAAGCCACCGGAGUUUGGCAGCCAAUAAGAUAUUAAUGUUAACGUUUUUGUCAUCCAUGAAUAUUAUCUACACUUCUCUUUUCUUACUCGCGAUAAUGCCCUAUUUUUUUUUUGCGGACUUUGUCGAUUAAAAAAAAGGGGGAAAAGAAAAUUCUUGUUUAAACUAUAUAUAUAUAUAGAAACAAAACAAAGUUAUCAAUACCAUUUGAUUUUCAUUUCUGUUACAAACAGAGAAUAAAAAAUGUGUAUUGAAUAUUUUCACUGUUAACUCGAUGACCACAUCUGCCAAUGCUUGUUAAUUGUUUUAUUAUCUUCACUCUUAACUUGCUUAUUUAUUCUACAAGAAUGAAAAAAGUGAACAAAAUUUUUUUAAAAAAAUUUCACAAUUUUUUUUAAUUUUAUAACUUACUUACUUUAAAAUAUAAUUUUUUCAAAAAAAACAAUUUUUCAAUAUGUACGAAUUAUCACUGUUAAUAAAUUUCUAGUUCUUUUUCUAAUUGGAUUUUGUAAUUUUUUGUAAAUGUUGAUUUUAAAAAUAUUUAAAAAUAAAACGAAUAUUAACAAAUUAUCAAUAUUAAUAAAUUAUCAGUUUUUUCUUAUUUGAAUUUUGUAAAUUUUUUUUUCAAAAAUAAUUUUAAAAAAUUGCAAGUUAAGGGUAUGUGGGAACCUCUCACGUGACCUAGUAUGGGAAAAAGUGCUUUGGUAGUAUACAUCUUACUCUAAAAUGAAAAAAGAUUUUUGUCUAAAAUUUUUAGGGAUGAUAGAUUAGGGUACAAGGAAUCUCGCUGUUCUCCGAAAAAUACAUAAUUUUGCGUUAAAUUAUUAAUUAUUAAGUUAUGGUAAAUUAGUAGAACAGCGAGAUUCCUUGUACUAAACAAAAUUAUUUCUCCAAAAUUUUGACCCGAAUUCAUUUUUUGUUUCAGAGAAUGUUUCAAACCACAAAAAACGUCCUUUGCUCACAUACCCUUAAGAGUAGAAUUUUUGCAAAUAAAAACAAAAUAGUCGAUGCUAUUCUUCUUCUUCUUCUUCUUCUUCUUUUUUAAAUUAAUGCUCUCAGCUAAAGAAGAAACUUUUGACUGUGAACAAAAUAUGUUUUUAAUUUUUGUAAGUAAGGGUAAUAUAAUAUUUUAUCAACAAAGUUUUAUUAACUGGACGAUUUAUAUUAAGUUAAUUAUAAUAUUGUUUUAAAUACUCCGUUGUUCCACAAUAUAUAUAUAUAAAUAUAUGGGUAUUUAAUGAAAAAUUCUUCUAUUACUUAUAUUAUUGUCAAAACUGAAAAAUCGGCUGUGGAGUUAGCACACUGAGUUUUUUUUUAAUAUUGUACGUAGAUAAAGAAAGUGAAAAAGAAAUGACGUGUUUUUUUUCUAUUGUUAAUUAAGUUAUCUUUUGUCUCGUAAUAAGACGAAAAAAUUAAUUUCAAAGAUAUAAAUAAUUUUUCGUUUUUCUUUUUGGGAUGGAUUAGGGAAAAAUUCGCUCUUGCCAUAAUUGGAAAAAAAAUAUAUAUAUAUAUUAGAUGAAAGUUUAUAGAAAAUGAAAAAAUUAUCUAGAAGAAAGUACAACAGAAAUGCUGUAAAUAUUUCUAAGGACUGUUAAUUAAAUUCUAGUAAUAAGGAGAGGGCCAAGAAACAAAAUGUGUUGAUUUUUCUUCUAGAAAAAUAGUUUUACACUUUUUUUUUUUGUUUUGCAAACUGUUAUAUAGCUUUUUUCUAUUGCUUACUUUACUAUUUUUUUUUUUUUUUUUUUUUUUUUUGAGAAGCAAGAAAAAAAUCAUUUCUUGUUUCUUUCAUAUCAGAGACUUUUUGGAGUAAAUUUUUUUUUUCAAUCAAAUGUUACAUAUAGGCAAAAAUUAAUGUAAGAGAAAAGAGCUUUUUCAACUUUUUUUUUUUUUAUCGUUUUUAGUGAUAGUUAAGUAUAAAGUGUUAAACGCAACAUAAGGUCAAUUAAAUAAGAAUUAUUCCGAAAAAAUUAGUAAAGAGAUAUAUUUAUAUUGUAUUGUCUAUUUAAAAACAAACAAAAACUGAGAGAAAAAUUUAGAACUAUCAAAAAAAAAAAAAAAUAUCGUAUUUGACAAAACAUUAUUGCUUAUAAUUAAUAAACAUUGUUUAUAUUUGUUAAACUUUUCAAAAGUUAAUGAAAAUUGUUUUCAUCUAAUUUUGCAAAUUUUUCUCUGUGUUUAUCUUUGUUUUCAUUUACUCAUUUCUUAUGUAUGUAUCUUUCGUUCUUUUUUCUUCUUUGUUGCAAAAAGACGACCUUAUUUUAUAUAAUACUAUUUGGUGAUAUAUUUAUACAAUAAAUUACAAUUAGUGAAUA